AGUACAGCGACGGGGUAGGUCUACGCGGUUUUGUACACAGUCGAGCGCGUCGGGGCGCGUGCGGAAGCCGUUUGGCCUUUCUCUUGGCCGCGCGGCGGGUGGCCCCCGGCUAUGGCUGCUGGCGAGGGGGGCGACGAAGAGGUGCGAGUGCUACAGACUCUCCGUGGAAAGAUUUGUCAAGCCAAAAACCUAGUGCCAUAUCUAGGACCAAAUAAAAUGAGAGACUGCUUUUGUACAAUCAAUUUGGAUCAAGAAGAGGUAUUUCGUACUCAAGUGGUAGAAAAAUCUUUAAGUCCAUUUUUUGGAGAAGAGUUUUACUUUGAAAUACCAAGAAUAUUCCAAUAUUUAUCAUUCUAUAUUUAUGACAAAAAUGUUCUACAGAGGGACCUGCGUAUAGGUAAAAUAGCUAUCAAAAAAGAAGAUUUGAGCAUAUAUUCUGGCAAGGAAACAUGGUUUAUACUUCAACCAGUUGAUUCUAACUCAGAAGUUCAGGGAAAAGUACAUCUUGAAUUAAGACUAAAUGAACUGAUUACAGAUAAUGGAUCUGUAUGCCAGCAGCUAGUAGUACACUUGAAGGAAUGUCAUGGACUGCCUCUUAUUAAUGGGCAAAAUUGUGACCCUUAUGCCACAGUAUCUGUUGUUGGUCCUUCAAGGAAUGAUCAAAAGAAGACAAAGGUAAAGAAGAAAACAAGCAAUCCACAAUUUAAUGAAACUUUUUAUUUUGAGGUAACUAGAUCCAGUAGUUACACAAAGAAGUCACAGUUUCAAGUAGAAGAAGAAGACAUUGAGAAGCUAGAAGUCAGGAUUGACUUAUGGAACAAUGGCAACUUGGUGCAAGACCUUUUCCUAGGAGAAAUUAAGAUUCCUGUCAAAACAUUAGGAAGUGAUAUUUUCCCAGCAUGGUACCUCCUACAACCAAAAGAUAAUGGAAAUAAAUCUGCUAAAAGUGAAGAUCAUGGAUCCCUUAGACUGAAUAUAAAUUAUGCUGAAGAUUAUGUACUUCCAUCUGAGUAUUAUGGGUCUCUUAGAGACUUGCUUCUGAAAUCACCUGAAGUAGAGCCAAUUUCUGCAUCAGCUGCUUACAUCUUGGCUGAAGUGUGUCGAGAUAAAUAUGAUGGUAUUUUGCCACUUGUAAGGUUGUUGCUGCACCAUCAUAGAUUAGUGCAGUUUGUUACUGCAGUGGCAGAAUUAGAACUGAAGGAAACCCAAGAAGUAAAUACAAUCUUCAGAGGAAACUCUUUAACUACUCGGUGUGUAGAUGAGAUGAUGAAAAUAGUAGGAAAGCACUACUUGAAAGUUACUUUAAAACCAAUUUUAGAUGAGAUAUGUGAGAAUCCUAAACCUUGUGAAAUUGAUCCCCUGAAACUGAAAGAAGCAGAUAAUGCGGAAAUGCACAAGGAAAAUCUUCGUUAUUAUGUUGACAAAGUUUUCAGUACAAUUGUACAAUCAAGUAUAAGUUGCCCGACAUUAAUGUGUGAUGUGUUGUGUUCUCUGAGGCGCUUGGCUGCUGAAAGGUUUCCUAAUGACCCUCAUGUACAGUAUUCUGCAGUGAGCAGCUUUGUGUUCCUUCGUUUCUUUGCUGUAGCUGUAGUAUCGCCUCAUACUUUCCAUUUACGGCCUCAUCAUCCAGAUGCACAGACUUCUAGAACAUUAACUCUUAUAUCAAAAGCAAUUCAGACACUGGGAAGCUGGGGAAGCUUAUCCAAAAACAAGCUAUCAAGCUUCAAGGAGACGUUUAUGUGUGAAUUUUUCAAAAUGUUUCAAGAAGAGGAAUACAUUGAAAUAGUCAAAAAGUUUUUAGAUGAAGUGUCUUCCACGGAAAGUAAAGAGCCAAGUGUCAUGAAUGAGCCAUUGCAUCUAAAAGAAGGGGAGAUGUUCAAAAGAGCACAAGGAAGAACUCGUAUUGGAAAAAAGAAUUUCAAAAAGCGUCGGUUCUGCCUUACAAGUAGAGAACUCACUUAUCGUAAGCAACAAGAAAAAGAACCUAUAUUCACCAUUCCAGUCAAAAACAUUCUUGCAGUAGAAAAACUUGAUGAGGGUGCAUUUAACAGGAAAAAUAUGUUUCAAGUAAUACAUGUUGAAAAACCACUCUAUGUGCAGGCAAAUAAUUGUGUGGAGGCUAGUGAGUGGAUAGAAGCUCUCUGUAGAGUGAGCAGAUGCAACCAAAAGAGAUUGAGUGUCUAUCACCCAUCUGCUUUUUUGAAUGGAAAUUGGCUUUGCUGUAAAGCCACAUCAGAAAACACAGUGGGCUGUAUGCCAUGUACUGCAGGUGUUCCUGCUGACAUUCAGAUAGAAAUAGAUGGAGAUCGAGAAACAGAGAGAAUCUACUCACUCUUUGCAAUCAGUAUGCCGAAGCUCCAAAAAAUGCAAGAGGCUUGUGGAAGUAUAGCAGUCUAUCAAGGUCCACAAAAAGAGCUAGAUGACUAUUCUAAUUUCAAAAUUGAGGACUCAGUAGCAACUUUUCAAACUCUUCAGCAAAUAAUAUCUAUUGUAGAACAAUUGGACAUGCAUCAUGAUAAGUAUCGAGAAAAAAGAUCAUCUAGUGCUAAAUAUGGCAGUGAAGAAAAUCCAAUUGUUGGAAAAAUUUCCUAAUCAAAGGCACUUCAUCAGAGAUUUUGAAAGAAAGGAAUUGGACUAAUUUUCACUCACAAAACAAACUGGUUUUGUGAUUAUUCCGUGAAUUUAAGAAUAUGCAUUUCCUGCAAAUUAGCUGCAUUCAUAAGUUUAUUUAAUAUUUAACAGUGGAAAGAACAGUGUCGAAUCAGAUUUCUGCAGGGAUAAGGGAAAACAUAAAGAACUUAACAUACAAAAAAAUGAAAUAAGGUAUCUAAAGUUGGGAAGAUCUUCUAAAGAAAUAAGCUUUCUAAGGAAAAAAACAACUACCACCUUCAGUUGGGAUUUUAUCUGCCAGGAUAAUCAUCAGCUUCUGUGACUAUCACUAUUAUCUGGACAAAGAAAUUCUGACAGGUGACAAAAGGAUUUGAAGCUUUACAUUCAGCACACAGUCACUUUUAAAGCUUCCUUUCUUAACCUACAGUAGAAAUGUUGCUUUUCAAAAAAAAAAAAAAAAGGAACAAAAUGAUGGUACUUUUUCAAAAUGUGCAUUGAUAAUUAGCAAAGUUAUGUUAUUUAAGCGGUAUCACUGAAGCAGGACAAGUCAGGGAAUCUAUAUGUCUUGUUUACAGUUGGAGUGAAUAGUGAAAGAUGUGAUGUGGAAUCAUUGGUUUUUUCUUUUUGAAAUAACAUAUUGUUAGUAUUUUUAGUGAUUGGGUUUCGGAGGAAAAUGUAUGCUGUUCAGAUAAUACGAUAGCUGAAUACCAUGUGGCAUAUCAUUAGUAAUUUUUUUUAAAAUGCCUAAAGGUACAUGGUAUACAGUGAACAUUGCCAUACCCAAUUGUAACUAGCUGUUUUUGAAAAUCACUCCAAGCACUUUACAUAUCUGGUUAAUCCCAGAUUAUAAUUCUAGAUACUUUAUAGUAUCUAAUCAUUAUGAUCAGUUGAAUGAUCACUACUGUGGCUUAAAACCAUAUUUUAUGAAAUUUUAUAUCUAGGGUAUUUUUUACUUGCCAAGUAAAGUUUUGAACUAAGCUUUACUUUUAGAACUCUUAAUCUUUCCUUGUUGUAUUUGUACCUAUAAACUGAUAAAAUGACUGGUAUGUAAUAAAUAUGAACAAACUCUUGGGAGAGAAAAAGGCUAAGUUUUUAAAAUCAGUAUUAUAUGAAGUCAUCAGAAGUCAAGCUUAACUCAAAAGAGACUUUACCUUUUCUUUACUGAAUGUGGUACUACAGAAGACUGGCCUUGGGAGCAAUUUAUUAAGCACUAUAAAAACCAGUGAAUUUCCACUGAAGUAUAACAUUCAUGAUUUUCUGUUUAUUGGUCUCCUUACCUUUUAAUACUCCUGGUUUACUAAUAUUUGCCUCCACUCAUUAGGAUUGCUUUCAUUGUCUAAUAGAAAUCUAAAAUAAGGACAUUUAAAAGAUAAAACUGGCUUAAAUACUACAUGAUUGUAAUGGUAUUAUGCUAGCAAAAUAAGAAAGCUUGCCAUUAAAGUAAAUAUUCUGA